UGUCAAAAUGUGUGUUAUAAACGUCAAAUGAGAAUUUAAAAGUGAAUUUAAAAACGCAAGAAAAUAAGAUGAGGUACCGCAGUAGUGAGAUUGAAAUGUUUUGCUUAAAGCAUUUACAUAAAAUGGGCGUUUGACAAAAGAGAAAAACCAAAAUCGAAAGGCGCUAGAGCAUUUAACUUGUCCAAAAUUAAAAAUGUACAAAAAAUCACAAAAUGGUCUUAAGUACAGAAUGGUCUCAAGUUGAAGUAAUAGACCUUAUAAAUGACGGUUCCGGUUUAGGUUUUGGCAUCGUCGGCGGCCGAAGCACUGGUGUCGUUAUCAAAUCUAUUCUUCCAGGAGGGAUUGCCGACAGAGACAAUCGACUUCAAAGCGGCGACCACAUCUUACAAAUCGGCGAUGUAAAUCUGCGAGGUCUAGGAUCCGAUCAGGUGGCAAGCGUUCUUCGCCAAACCGGUUCGCAGGUUAGAAUGGUAGUAGCGAGACCGAUCGAGCCGUCGUCUGUUAAUUUCCACAAUGUCUCGAGUACGGCGCCGAUAGUUCCGACGAAAAUUCUAACGGAUCCCGAAGAAUUAGACCGGCAAUUGCUUCAAAAUGGUUACUCGCAAAUUUGCAACUUGCACGCUUAUAAUAAUCAAGAUCUCGCUCAAUUACAUUUAAAUAAUAUUGAUAUUAACGAAUUAAACGUACUUAACGCUAUCGAUAUUAACGUAGUAAAUUCGUCGAAUAAUUUAUCGCCGGAUAGUGAGAAGCAGUUUGUGGUCACGCCCGUCGAUAUCGAACAAGCUUUGCCGGAAACCGAACGUUUUACGGUCGAGUUAAACAAGAACGAGUAUGGCUUAGGUAUUACGAUCGCCGGAUACGUCUGCGAACGAGAGGAUCUGAGCGGGAUUUUCAUAAAAAGUAUCAGCGAAGGAAGCGAGGCGUACCGUUGCGGUACAAUCGACAUUAACGAUCGUAUCGUCGAGGUGAACGGUUAUCCGCUUCACGAAUGCACCAAUCAUCAGGCGGUCGAGAAACUGAAGCAGAGCGGGAAUGCGGUCGUGCUUACGCUGGAAAGGUAUCUACGCGGUCCGAAGUAUGAGCACUUGCAAGAAGCGUUAGCCAGCCAGCAAGACAAGAAAGAUUUAAGUCCUCCGUCUCCGUCGGUUACGACACUUAGCUGGAUUCCGAUAGAUGCUGAUAUUUCAAUAGAACCGGAGGGUGAAUCGGUCACAACUGUUAAUAGUGAGAUUUACGACAACAACCCCGACAACGUUGAGAUAUUCGUGGAUGAAAACUUUGACGCCGAUUUAACCGAAGAUUUGGAAACGACGAUCAAGAAAAAGUGGGAGAGCCUCGUCGGUCCCGAGUCUGAAAUUGUAGUAGCGCACAUAAAAAAAUUAAAAGGACUAGGAAUAAGUUUAGAAGGUACGGUCGACGUUGAAGGUGGAGUUGAGCUGAGACCGCGCCACUACAUCCGGUCAAUUUUACCCGACGGUCCCGUCGGACAGCACGGCAAGUUGGGGUCGGGGGAUGAGCUGCUGGAAGUUAACGGUCAGAAGUUGUUGGGGAUAAAACAUGUCGAGGUCGUAAAAAUACUCAAAAGUCUACCAAAUACAGUCCGCCUUGUGUGUUCACGUAAGCACGACGAGAAUCGUGUUAUAAAUACUUCGCAGGAUAGGGAAGCGUUCGAAGCUAGAAAUAUUUUAGGUGGAAGCUUGAAAAACCUACUUCCUCAACCCGAGCAGAAAUUACUUAAGGCACUUAGUGAUACUAGUAUUAAUACGUCGAGUACCGCUACAAUUACCGACGAGACUAACUUGCAAAAGGCUAAGUCGCGAUCUUUAGAAAACACAAACCUGGCCAUGUGGUCGGAUUCGGUCGAAUUUGUAGAUUUAGUGAAGGGCGAGAGGGGGCUCGGUUUUUCUAUUUUAGAUUAUCAAGAUCCCUUGGAUCCGAAGUCAACCGUAAUCGUGAUACGUAGUUUAGUACCUAACGGUGCUGCAGAGCUUGAUGGUAGGUUGAAGCCUGGCGAUCGCUUAAUAUCGGUCAACGAUAGAGUUAUUAAGAACGCCAAUCUCGAUCAGGCCGUGCAAGCAUUAAAAGGAACGUCGCUCGGUAAGGUUAAGAUUGGCAUUGCAAAACCACUUCCUUUAUCUAGACCUAGCGAUUCACGUAGCAGCCCAACUGUUGGUUCGUAACUGGUAGGUAGCAACCAAUUAAUUGUUGAUUUCCGAAUCAAAAUGCAGACAGUAUUGGAAUUUGGAAUGUAAUUGCAUUGGAAUGGCCCCACAGUAAGCGCCAAUGUUUUAUGGUAAAAAAACACUUAAAGUGGUAUGUGUAUAUUAUGCUUGCCAGGAGAGAAUGCCGGUCACAGAACACCUGAUGCAGCUCUACAAAUUUAAUAUGAAAAACAUACAGUUGUGGAUCGGCAUCAGUUGUUCAGUGAUCGGCAUUCGCUCCCCACGAGCGUUAUAGUAUACACAGCAUUUAAGUUUCCCUCUAAAACAUGAAAUUAUCUUUUUCGAAUAUGCCGAUAUACAGGGUGUUUUUUUGGAAGCUGUAAUUUUAAAUGAAACGCCUAUAUUUGGAUUCUACUGAAAUUUCAAAUAGAAUCCAAAAAUAGGGGUUUCUAUUUAAAAUAACGAAGUUACUAGAACUAAAGCAACUACAACAACUAAAACACCCUGUAUAGCACUUUGGUAAAAAGGAUUCGUCUAAAAAAAUAUUACAAGUGGGGAGGUUUCAUUGAAAAUUUAUACAUGAAGAUGGAUGAGGUUUAAAGAUUGGGAUAUUUUUGAAGCUAUUUAGGUAUUGGUAAAUUAAAAAGAACUGUGAUCUAGUAAUGGAAUUGAUUUUAAUCAUAAGCAUAAGCAAAAUUGUGGUAUGUACCUAAUCCAAUCUCAAACUUUAAGGAUGUGUUUACCAUAUGCAAAUUAUCUGUUUGUGAGAAGAAUCAGUGUAGAUAUCUUUGGUAGUGCUUUGUUGUAAACUACAUGUAGUUCUAAGGUUUGUGUGUUUGGAAUGAUAUUUUUUUUAUAACUUACAAUAGGUUUGUAUUUGACCGAGUACAUUUGGGUCGUUUAAUGAAAAUCUGUUGCGUUAUUCGAGUCAAAUUGCUAAAGGAAACAAAUUUUAAAUUUCAACAACACAAAUUUACUCGGUUUAAGUACAAACCUUGAGUGUUGUUUGGCAGGACAAUUUAACGUACAAGAAAUUCACGUUGCUAUUAAAAAAAAUUCAAGAUGGCGGUCGCACUAAAAAAAAUAGCGUUCUAAUUUUCAUGCCUAUAUCUCAAACGGUUUGAGCGUGAGAUUUAAUCGCGACCCUGUAUAUACUUUUUUGGAAAACGUUAAAUAUGCUUGUGUAGGAAGCUCCAAAGAGUCCGUUCAUUUAGCCAUCUGUUAGCCCAAAAAUGAAGCAAUUUUGUUGUAUCUACUCUACUGUAUCUCAAUGUGUUCUAUUGUGCAUUUGUGUGCACAAUUUGUGCCUUUUUCGUUUUAGAAAAAUUUUAAAAAUUAAAAUGGGGGCUAAGUGAACGUUUAGCGCCGUAAAAAAUUAAACUGUUUAAUACGCCAGUAUCACAUAAUACUUCAAUUGUGCUUAAUUGGGCUUUUAGGUUCACAUAUAUUUAGAGAAACCAAAUGGAGGGUAAAGUGAACUUUUAACGCCCCCCCCCCUCCCCUUCCCUCAAAAAUUGACCUUUUCAUACUGAAGUACAGGGUGAUUUCGUAUAUUUAGACAACGCUUUUGUUAGAAGAGAAAAAAAACUGUAAAUACAAAGGUAAAAAAACAAAAGAAAAUCACAAAGUUUAUUAUUUUUUAUCAAUUAAUAUAUUAUUUUUACCUUGAGAAUAACCCAGACCAACUUGACUGUUUAAUAUUUAUUUUCAAUAAACAAAAUGUGUCCUAAAUUUACAAAUAAUAAAUGGUCAUUACUACUUCCAAUACAUUUCCUGUAGUUUAUCCAAUUUAAGCAAAGUAUUGCUAAUAAAUAUGUAUUUUUGAAAUUAGAAAGAAAAGAUUUUUCAAUUUUUCGAAGAAUAUAUAACGCGCUCCAUUAAAAAUUUACCAAAUUUGCAUUUUUUACUAAAUUUGCAUUUUUUACUAAAUUUCUGGCGAAUUCUGAUAAGCCCCACAAUUUUUAUACUAAAUACUAACUAAUAAACGCGUUACGCGCUGUCUAAAUAUACCUAGUACUUUGAUUGUGCUUAAUUGCGCUUUUAUGGUCACUGUCUGUUCCAUUUUGAGUAAGCGUUUACUUAGGUGGGGGGGGGGCAAUGGGGGGAUUUCAUUUUUCGAAAUAUUUCCUAAAUCAAAAAGGCACAAUCCGUGAACAUACAAGCACAAUCAAAAGUGCUGUGUAAUACUGUUGUUUCAGUGUGAAAAUGUUUAAUUCAAGAGCGGGGGUUUUUUAAAACUAUUUCUAAAGCCAAAGAGACACAAAAAAAUUGGUGUAUUGUUAGGCUAAUGGGAGGGCUAAGUGAACGGACCGAUAGCAAAAACCAGAACUCCAAUUAAAAUGUCCUCAUAUAUUCUUCUUAUGGAAAUAGUAACGCAGACGCUUCAAAUAUCGAGAACAAUAUCACCAAAAUGUUUAGAACAUUCUCAAUAAUAAAAAAUGUGUGAUUGCGCCCUGUUUUUUGACAAGCAGGCAGAAAUUCAUGACUAUAAAGAACGGAAUGGUUCUACUGCGUAUUGUGGAAAAUGUAGCUCUCCUAAAAUAGGAUCUCAACAGGAUGCAAUAGAAUCCCUCCAACAAAAAGAAGCUUGCGGAACGGAUGUUCGGGAAAAUAUACAGGGUGGAAAUUUUAUCUGGAGCACUGAAUAUAUCUUCGAAAGUAUAUUUUUUUAGACUUUUUUGUGCUAUCCAAAAUUAUAAAAAUUUUGCCGCUGAUUUGUAUACCUUAGAAUUGUCACCAGUGGCGGACGUCUACAGAUCCAAGGGGGAAUAUAUAUUUUUAAUGGCAACUACUAUUUUUUAUUACAUAUUCUUAAAGUUUAUGGACAUAAAAACUAAAAUAAUUUUGAUUUAUAUGUUUUUUCAGUAACAGCUGAAUUAAAUACAGACGCACGACACUGUUCAUAGUUUUUAAGUUUGUAAAUUUGUUGAAUAUUUUUAAUAAUUUUUGAUUCAACAAAACUCUUGAAAUUUUGACACUCUGUAGGUCGGUCAUUAGGUGUUUGCGGACAUAUGCUUAUAUGAACUUUUUUAAAUUUCCUUUUAGACAGAUUCAUGAGUGAAGGGGUCUAUUUUUUAACCUAAAAACCCAUGUUGUUUGACGGUUUUUUUUCCGAAUAACUUUUAUGUCAUGAAAUGAGUUGAGAAAUGUCAUGUUCUAUUGACGUUUGAGGAAAAAGUAUUUGAUUGGAAAAAUUAUUCUUUGUAAAAAUGUAACUUAGUUAGGGUGGGUUUAUCAUCCGUGUAGACCC